AUGGCAAGUAAGUACCAUUCAUCAGAUAGAGCAAGUCUAAAGCUGGGACAGGUAAACUUUUAUGAAGGCAGGAACUUCCAGGGUCAGCGCUAUGAGUGCAGUAGUGAUUGUGCUGACCUGCACUCUUACAUCAGCAGCUGUAACUCCAUCCGUGUUGAGAGUGGCUGCUGGGUGGUGUAUGAGAGACCCAAUUACAUGGGAUACCAGUAUGUUCUGACCAGGGGAGAGUACCCUGACUACCAGCACUGGAUGGGAUUCAAUGACAACAUCAGGUCAUGUCGCACCUUUAGCUAUGCAAGUGGGGCUUCCUACAGAAUGAGGAUUUACGAGAGGCCAGACUUUGGAGGACAGAUGAUGGAAUUCAUGGAUGACUGUCCAUCUGUUUACGAUCGUUUCCGUUACCGUGACAUCCACUCCUGCCAUGUGAUGGACGGUUACUGGAUCUUCUAUGAACAUCCCAACUACAGAGGGCGACAGUACUUCAUGAGGCCGGGUGAAUACAGGAGAUACAGUGACUGGGGCGCCAUUGUAGCUACUGUCGGCUCUUUCCGUCGGGUUGUGGAUGUUUAA